CUCCUCCGUUGGGCCGAGUCCGCCUGCCCGCCGGCGGGCAUGGAGCGCUGCCCCCGAAGCCCCCGCGCGGCCCGCGACCGCAGAUCCGCCGGCUCACGCUAGCUGUCUGCAUCGGGCGUUUUCUCCACCACCCAACCGGGUCUUCGGAGUCUGUGGCGUCGUGAUUCGGACGAAAUGGAAGAAAAGGAGCGAUGUGACCCAUUCGGCUCUGCCCUCUUGCAUUGAGGCCUAGUUGGCAUCUGCAGAGAGGAAAACACAGCCAGGAAAGCGUGGUGUUUUCUUUUUUUUUUCCAAAGGGGGUGGGAAAGGAAAGUAGCUAAAGGGAGGAAUCUUACAUUUUAUGUCAUUUUUUUUCCUUUUAAAUUCUGCACUUUGAAAGUGGUGGCUAGAUAAACUAACCCAAAAGUUGUUUUAUUUUUCUAUCGAGAAGAGAGAAGAGGUGAAUUUUUUGUUGUUGUUUUCCCUUUUGAUUCCAACCUUUUCUCCCAGUGACAAAGCAUAAAUCAUGGACACCAGAGCAUAAGGUGAACCUCAGGAACCCGAAGACAGAGGAGCCUAGACCUUCCUCAGGAGAGAAGGAGUGGGGUGUUUAUCUGCUCUGUCUGGAACCUAAAUCGAAAAACAUGAGUUGCAUGCCAUGGAAAGGAGACAAGGCCAAAUCUGAAUCCUUGGAGCCUCCCCAGGCAGCACCCCCACAAAUCUACCAUGAGAAGCAGCGCAGGGAGCUCUGUGCCCUUCACGCCCUCAACAACGUCUUCCAGGACAGCAACGCCUUCACGCGGGAAACGCUGCAGGAGAUUUUCCAGAGGUUGUCUCCCAACACUAUGGUGACGCCCCACAAGAAGAGCAUGCUGGGAAAUGGGAACUAUGAUGUGAAUGUCAUUAUGGCAGCACUUCAAACCAAAGGCUAUGAAGCUGUUUGGUGGGACAAGCGCAGGGACGUGGGUGUCAUUGCUCUCACUAACGUCAUGGGCUUCAUCAUGAACCUUCCCUCCAGCCUGUGCUGGGGUCCACUCAAGUUGCCUCUCAAAAGGCAGCACUGGAUCUGCGUUCGUGAGGUGGGAGGGGCCUACUACAACCUUGACUCCAAACUCAAGAUGCCAGAGUGGAUUGGAGGCGAGAGUGAGCUCAGGAAAUUCCUAAAAUACCAUUUGCGAGGAAAAAACUGUGAACUCCUAUUGGUGGUACCGGAAGAAGUAGAAGCCCAUCAGAGCUGGAGGGCCGAUGUGUGACAGUUCUGCCAGACCUACUCUUUGCCUCAACCCUGCAGCCCUCUUUGAUGUGCUGUGGCCUCGACAGUCCACUUUCCCAAACAUCUCAUUGGGUUUUCCCUUUAGAUUUGCCAGUGCAAUAGCACAGAUGUGUAGACUGUCACAGCCACCCAGCGCUGUGCCUGGGGAAGAAGGUAGGAGCUCUGAACGCUUAGGGCAAGCAAGCCAGUAAACACCCUUUUCUAUUUCAGAGAGGGAGGUGAAAGGGGUCCUUUGUGAGGGUAGGGCAUUGCUUGCUUUCCCCUUUCUAUGAGGUCUUGACACAGGUUCUCCUG